AUGCAGGGUCUGAGUCCAGGAUGUUACGACACCUACAAUGCAGACAUCGACUGCCAGUGGAUUGACAUCACGGAUGUGAAACCGGGGAAUUAUGUUCUCAAGGUCAGCGUGAAUCCUUCCUAUCAGGUGCCAGAGGAAGACUACACCAACAACAUCGUGCGUUGUGAAGUCCGCUACACGGGCAACUACGCUUACCUGUCCGGUUGUCACCUGGCAACGUAUUAAUGGAGGAAAAUCGUUCACAGCAUCUCAAUUGUGAAGCUGACAUUGAGGAUGACUGCAUAUGAACAUCUUUACAACACAAGGAGUCCUUGUUUAACACCAUUUGAUACUCCUAGUUUAUAUAGUUUAGGUAUAAGUAGAAAUAUUUUUCAUUGCAUGCCACGUCCCUUCAGUAAUGGUUUUCUUAUUAUUUCAUAUUUUAUUAUUUACUUUUAAUCUUUCUUUUCUUCCCUGUGAAGUAUCAUAAUAAAAUCAUUAACAUCUAUAAAAAUGACAACUGAUUACAAAUAAUUCAAUUACUGUACAUGACUUAUUUUUAAUUUACGAUAAAAUUGUACAAGAUGUGUUGUUUUUUUAAUG